CGACGCAAACAGUUUUGUUUACACCGGAAACGCAGGAGCAUAACACCGGCUGGCUGCUGGAAAAACACAUAAGACAAGAAAUCAUGUUACUUCCAUCUGUACGUGAACUGUAGCGCGGGGAGGGAUGUUGGUGGGUUACAGCAGCAGCUCGGAGGAGGAGGAGGAGGAGGACCGACGGGCGGGGACCGGUCCGAAGAACAGCGGCUCUCGAGAGUGUGAAGCGGAAGAAGAAGAUGGUAACGAUGGCUGCCCGGUGAGGAAGAGAGCCAGGACUGAGGAACAGGUCACUAAAACAAGGCUGCCUGUCCCCGGUUGCCUGCUCGCCAUGUUUCCAGACGAAGUGGACACACAAAAUGACGACAGCUCUCUUCACGGCGGACGCAUCCGCUCCUUCAAACACGAGAGAGGAAACUGGGCGACCUACGUUUAUGUGCCACACCCUCCUGAGGAGGAGUUCGUUGAGCUGCUGGAGGAGCUGCUCUCGGCGGCGAGGGCCCGCGGCGUGGUCCUGACCCUGCAGGAGGAGUUUCACCUCAGCCUGUCGCAGACGGUGGUGCUGAGACACCACUGGAUCCAGCCCUUCACGCGGAGCCUCCGGGCAGACCUGGCACACUGCAAAAGGUUUGUUUGCUCAGCGAGGAAACUGAAGGUCUACUGUAACGCCGAGAAGACGAGAGCACCGAUUCUCUCUCUCUCUCUUCACGGUCCGACUCCCAGGACGUUCUUGGGUAUGGAAGUGUGUUCUGGGCACGUUCAGUUGUUGGACCUGGUCCGAGUUGUGGACAGAACGAUGACAGAGUUUCAUCUGGACACUUUCUACAAGGAGCCGUCGUUCCACGUGAGUCUGGCCUGGUGCGUUGGCGACGUGACGGCGCAGAUGAAGGAGUGCGUUCAGGAGCUGCAGCGUGUGGUCGAUGAACGUGAAGACGGGCCGUUUCUUCUGAGGCUGGACGGCGCCGAGUUGCGCUGCAGGACGGGGAACAAGACUUUCCGCUUCCCCCUGGAGUCGUGACGCCCGACGAGACGGAAGCUACGACUGUCACUCACAUCGUGAGCGUGACGAUCACACGGCCUGCGUUCCUGCUGACGUGUGGCAUGUCACAACAAAGACAAUCAUGGCUAAAUGAACCCCCACCCAAAAAGAUGUUAUUUCAUCAGACUGUAAAUAAAGUUCAUUUUAUACUUUG